ACGAACCAAUGGGUUGAAUUAAACAUGAAAUAAGCAGUGUGCAGUAGUAGCUUUCAUAAAACCUCCUUUCUCUUCUCUGCUUCAUUAAUUCACAAACUCGGAAAGUGGACCUCUCUGCUUCGCUGUGUUUAUUUUUCCCUUUUUCACUCUGUUCAUUCAUAAUUCUAAACCCUUUUCACAUCCAAAUUACAUCUCAAUUCACAGUUAUGGACUCUCGCAACAAGAAAAAUGCAGGUUGGGUAUCAGUGCCACAGUUUGGGGAUUGGGAUCAGAAGGGGCAAGUACCUGAUUAUUCACUUGAUUUCUCUAAAAUAAGGGAAACAAGGAAACAUAACAAAUCAAAUAUUUCAAGAGCAAGUCUUGGAAAUGAACAAGAGUUCAACAUGGAUUCAAUCUCCACCAACAGUGCCCACAGCCACAGCCACAGCAGUGACCAACAACAACAACAACACCUCCCUCGCUAUCAUCAAACACACUCUCCAACUACUAGGAAGAGCUUCCUCAGCUAUUUCAACUGCUGUGUGAAAGCCUAAUAUGAUGCUUAGGGGCAGUUAUGAUUCUUCUCCUUUGGUGAUAAUUUCUUGCUUAUAGACAAUUAUGUUGCUUCUAAUUAUGUCAUAACUAUUUUGUUCUUGGUUUAGAGUUAAAAGAAGAACAAAAAAAAUGUUUCGUUUGUGAUGCUCUAUCUAUGUUUAAAUGAAUUACAUGUUGUUGCUUGAAA